ACUUUUCAGUUUUCAUUUUCAGAUUUUUGGAGAGAAAAACAGAGCCAGGGUAGUGAACUGAAGCAUUUUAAUUAUUUAAAUGAGCAGCAAAUAACUUGCCAUGGCUCACAUUCAGUUUGUAGAUGAAUUAGUGAGAGAAUAUUUACUGUACCGUGGAUUUACUUCUACUCUGAAAUCUUUCGACAAUGAUCUCAAGGCUGAUAAAGAUAAAGGGUUUCGAGUGGACAAAAUUAUUGAGCAAAUCUUGCAUUUCAUAAACGUAUCAGACCUAAACGGAUUAAAAGAAUACUGGUCUCACUUGGAUAACUUCGUGUUUUCCAAGCUAGAGAUACACUUUCAACCAGCAAUCCGCAAAAUGGAGUACAGUCUAUACAAGCUGUACCUGGUGACGGCCGUGCAGGGCAAUGGGGGGGUCAAGAAUGAGAGAGUCACAGAGUUCCUGUCUAAAAUGCUCCCUGAACUGCAAGGACAGAAUGAGUGGAAGGAAUGGUUCAUGCUCCCAUACAUCCAGAAGCCAGAAGAGAACCUCUCGUUCAGCCUGUACUUCACGCGCAGCUGGCAGGACUCGGUGCUGGUGUCGCUGCACAACCUGCUGGCCACCGUGUUCCAGUGCAUGCCGCAGCCCACGCUCACCAGCUACGAGAGUGACGCAGCUAUGGUGAAGCGGCUGCAAGAUGAGCUUGCUACGCUUCGCCUUCAGAGUAAAAUGCAACCACAACCACCUGAAAAAACCUCUCCAAUCGGGCACCAGUCUCGCCUGGCGCAGUACUCAGAACGGCUCAGCGGGCCCCUACCCCUAGUCGACGACUUCUGCGCAGUUCCCUCUGAGCACCUCGACAGCGGCGCGCGCGAGGCCAAGGGGCUGCGCGGACUCAUCAGGCAGAUGGGAGGCAGCCCCGUCAUGGGGAGGAAAACUUCAAGAUCUCAGAGCCAGAAUUGAUUGGAUGAUAGAGAUUAGUGUGUUAAGUGUAAAGAUAAAUUUAGUUAAUGAGCGAAUGUGUAGAAAUUAUGUUGAUAUUUAUUAUUUAUAUUAAGUCCACGCAACAUACCUAAUUAUUGUAUAAUACAAUCAGACGCCGACUGGACGCUCUCUGAUAAUACUUUAGAUUUACAAAAUGGCUAUGAUUGAAUGAUUUGGUCAUGAGUCCUAUGUUCACCCUGAGU